CUUUUUUUCCAGCUGCCUUCACUCCUCACCCAGAUAAUGUGAGAGGCACCACCGUCCUGUCUGCAGGAGAAAAUUGUGAUCUUUAAAAAUAUCUUUAACAUGAUUUUUCAAGCACUUUUUGAGUGUAUGGACUUAACUCGUUGGCUGUUGUUCAGUUUUGUCGUGUUACUUUUGGCUGAUGUUGUCAGAAACUGGAGACCACACAGCUUUCCACCUGGACCCUGGGCUGUGCCUUUUCUGGGAAAUGUCUUCACAGGGGUUGACUACAGAACAAUGGAAAAACUUGCUCAGAAGUAUGGUCCAGUAUUCAGCUUGAGGAGAGGCAACGAGAGGAUGGUGUUUGUUUCAGGAUACCAGAUGGUCAAAGAGGCUCUUGUCAACCAGCUGGACAGCUUUGUUGAUCGCCCCAUCGUCCCUCUUUUCCAUGAAAUCUUCAAGGGCCUUGGCAUAGCUUUGAGCAAUGGUUACCUGUGGAAGAAGCAGAGGAAGUUUGCCAACACUCACCUGCGUUACUUUGGAGAGGGUCAGAGGACACUGGAAAAGUACAUCGAAGUGGAAGGCGGCUUUAUCUGUGAAGCUUUCAAAGACGAACAAGGAAGACCAUUCGAUCCCCACUACAUCAUAACCAUCGCAGUGAGUAACAUCAUUUCCUCUGUGGUCUUUGGACAUCGCUUCGAAUACAGUGAUCAAAGCUUUCGGAAGGUUCUGGAGUUGGACAAUGAGGCCAUUAUAGUCGCUGGCUCUGCUCAGGCCCAGCUGUACGAUGCCUUCCCUGGCUUGCUGCGUUACCUGCCAGGACCUCACCAAACUGUCCUCGCAAACUACCGGGAGAUCAUGUCUUUCCUGAGAAAAGAAGUAGAGAGGCACCAGGAAGAGUGGAACCCUGAUGAUCCUCGUGAUUAUAUCGAUGUAUACUUGGGAGAGAUGGAAAAAAAAAAGGGAGAUCCUCAGGCUGGCUUCAACAUUGAAACCCUGCUGGUUUGCACCCUGGACCUGAUUGAGGCUGGUACAGAAACAACUGCUACCACCUUGCGCUGGGCCCUCGUGUACCUGUUGCACUAUCCAGAGAUACAGGAGAAAGUCCAGGCGGAGAUAGACAGAGUUAUCGGACAGUCUCGUCAGCCCAACCUGACCGACAGACCCAACAUGCCUUACACUGAUGCUGUCAUCCAUGAGAUUCAAAGGAUGGGAAAUAUUGUUCCCUUGGGAUUUCCCAAAAUGGCCAGUAAAGACUCAACACUUGGAGGAUACUUCAUACCUAAGGGCACAGCCAUGGUGGCAAUGCUUACAUCUGUGCUGUUUGAUAAGAACGAGUGGGAGACUCCAGAUAUCUUCAAUCCUGAGCAUUUCUUGGAUUCAGAGGGACAGUUUCGCAGGAGAGAUGCCUUCUUACCGUUUUCAGCAGGUAAACGUGUGUGUUUAGGAGAGCACCUGGCCAAAAUUGAGCUGUUCCUUAUGUUUACAUGUCUCCUUCAACGUUUCACCUUCUCUCCUGUUGCUGGAGAAAUUCCCAGCAUGGAGGGCGUGCUGGGCUUCACCCAUUCCCCUGAGGAGUUCAGGGUGGUUGCAACGCCUCGCUGAUUUAAAGCGCCUUUCAUCUAAAGACAAAAGCAUCAGCAGAAAGCAUCAAUGACAUCAAGGACCUCUUCUUAAGAGAUUGUGGAUGUGUGCAACCAAAAAAGGGGAAAUCUGCCUUGCACCUGUAUCCACCUGUGUUAGUACAUGGACUGUUCCAUAAUGUACUGGUAUCUAUUGCUGGCCUGACAUGUUUACAGGAUCUCAGAUAAUAAUGACAUGGUCAUUAACCUAUGACAUACAUUAAGAGUUACAUGAUGUACUGGGCUAAUGCUGACUUUAUUAUUUACAUAUCAUAAGAUAAUGUAAUAUUAUGCAUAUAUAAAUGUAUUAGAUCAUAAUGUCUCAUGUUGAUUAUUUCUUCACAUGUCACAAAAUAAAAAGUCAAUAUA